UUCUUCUGCUUCUAAUUCAUAUAAAAAAAACUAUAAAUGUAGAAAAGAUACUAUUAGUUGAAAAUCCAAUUCUGUUACUUUUCAAGUCAACUAACAACAUAGAGUAAUAAUCCGGAGAAAGAUGCGAAUAUAAAUCCAGACAAAAUUGUUUAUAGAGAUGUUAAAAAUUGUGCAGAUGAUGAUUGCUUCUUCCUCAAUUUCAUCAUCUUCUGGGUUCCUGGUUAAUCAAAUUGUACUCCAACGCAACAGAUUUUUCGCAAUUUCCUUGUCAUCAUCCUCACUUACUUUCCCCAAAUCUCCAUCAUUAUCAUUUUCCAGAAUUCAUUGUUUCACAGGUUUCAGGAUGUCGUCUACACGGAAUGAGUCGAAUUCAAGUGCUUCUUCUUCUGAUUCUCCGAUUUCUUCGGGAAAUAUUCGUAAAGUUAAUUUUUGUCAAUGGUGUGGUAGCCCUACCAAGAAUGAAAUACCUGAUGGAGAUGAGAAGAUGAGAGCAAUUUGCACUUCAUGUGGAAAAAUUGCUUAUCAGAAUCCUAAAAUGGUUGUGGGUUGCUUGAUUGAACAUGAGAACAAGAUCCUUCUUUGUAAGCGUAACAUUCAACCUUCUUUUGGUCGUUGGACUCUUCCUGCUGGUUUCAUGGAAAUGGGCGAGUCUGCUGCAGAAGGAGCUAUGCGGGAGACCUAUGAAGAAGCGGGUGCAGAAGUUGAAAUUAUGUCCCCAUAUGCUCAAUUAGACAUUCCCCUUAUUGGACAAACUUACAUCAUUUUUCUGGCUAAGCUCAAGAAGCCACAUUUCUCACCUGGCCCUGAGUCAAUUGAGUGUCGACUUUUUUCCCUGGACGAAUUACCUUUGGAUUCUCUGGCAUUUUCAUCAAUGCUCGUGACUCUUAAACUGUACAUAGAAGAUAUGAAAGCUGGUAAACCCAAAUUUCAUUAUGGCACCAUCAAUAAAAGACCUGGAACCAGCCCUUCGGAUAUACAUGCAUUCACUCUGGAUUAUCAUCUACAGUCAUGACAUUUAGCUUCAGGGUAACUGCACGGUCGUGAUACCUUGGACUAUAAGGAGCUUAAAAAACUCGACUUGCAUUCAAAUGAACAAAUUUUUAUGCCAUCCUCAUAGGGCUGCAUGCAAUCUGAGUUUUUAACCAAGCGGAAAUAUGCCAGUUGGUUUUUGCUGCAAUCACGGUGAAAUAGUUUACAGGCUGUUGUACACUGCAGCUUGCCAUUAACAUUCUACUGCCGAGAUUUCUGCGCAGCCAUCCUGACCUAGGGCGAUGUAUCUUGGAGCUGUUUCGGAUGUUUGUAGUUCUGGUUAGAUUGAUAGAUUGUGCAUGUUUCGGUCAAGGAUGUAAUUUACCCGGGAACAUUCUAUCCUGUACGUGUAUUUCUUAUUAUUUAUACACUCGUCGAUAAUGAAUCAAUGAAGGGAGGAAGGGGCGUGCCCUAAACUCCACGAUAUUCCGCGUGUUUUUUUUUAUCUUGUAUAUGAUAAAGAUUAUUAUUUGUGGAAAGAUUCAGCAAAAUCGGAGGAGAUAUUAUUGCCGAUUGACUUGA